AACAGCCUGAAAGCAGACUGCACGAAUGCUGCCACCAAGAUCAUGAGCCCAACCAUGCAACCCUCGACUCCCACCACACCAACCCAUCGGAUUCUGAUGCUCCAUGGACACGGCCAAUCCGGACCGUUCUUCCGCUGCAAGACGCGGUUCUUGCAAGAAACGAUCGAGCAAGCUGUCCGUGGCGCGGUGCAACAGCAGCAGCAACAGCAGCAGCAGCAGCAGCAGCAGCAGCAGCGGCAAAGCGGGGUGGUGGAAUUCUACUACCCCUCCGGUCUGCUCCCGGCCAACCCGGACAAUCCGCUGGGCGACCGCAAGAACAACAACAUGUGGGCCUGGGGCUACGGCGAUCACCAGUCGGACCGGAUCCUGGGACUGGAGCAGUCCUUGCAAUACAUCGCCCGGCUGCUCGAGACCCACGGCCCGUUCAUCGGCGUGAUGGGCUUCUCCACCGGUGCCGCCCUGGCGGCCAUCACGGCAUCGCUGCUGGAGCGCCAACGAACGGUGUGUGACUUACCAUUUGACACCACCCAUCCCCCCCUCCAAUUUGCGGUGUGCUUCAGUGGCUUCCGCCUGGAGCAUCCGUCCUACGCGUCCAUCUAUCAGCCCAGGCUCACCACCCCGGUCCUGCACGUCAUCGGCACUCUGGAUACGAUGGUCGAUCCCGCGCUGUCGCGGCGGCUGGUGAAGGCGUGCGCCAAUGCCUCGGCCCACUGCUUCGCCGGCACGCAUUAUGUCCCGCGCUCCCGGAGGUUUCUGGAGACCCUGGCCGGUUUUGUGGACCGGGCUUUGAGGACCCGCCCCGCGGGAGACGGGGAGGAUGACGAUGUCUGGGAGGACGAGGAUGGGGUUUGAACCGGUUCGGUUCCUUUGUUUUGCCCACCGGUUGCGAUGAUCAUUGGUUAGGCGAGCUUGGGAGGAAGAUGCAGUACCUCCCUCUCUUUUCGUCUGGAACUGGAAGAUCGGAAUGACGCGCUACUGGGACGGGGAAGGGGGUUCGGGCAAUGGGAGUGUAGUUGAGCGGUACAGAAGGGGAAUUCGGCUUAGUUGGCUGGAAAUUGCCUGUUUUUUU